AUGUCUUUGCAAUUUGAUUGGAAGUUAUUGACUCCUGAAGUGAAUAAAAAGCUAAAGGAUCAACUGAAUGCAACAUUGGAGGAUUUGGUAUUUUCAAGAAAGAAAUAUGCUCAAAGUAGUAGUGCCAGUAGUUUGAAUGAAAGUGUCCGAGAUGAAGAGAAUAAUUUGGAUGUCAUGAUGAUGAAUCAACAAGAGCCAUCUUCAACGCUCAAAUCCAAUCGGAAUGGAUUGGAAAUAUCACCCACUCAAUCAUUGAGUUAUUUAAUUAUUGAUAGUCUUGAUUUGGGAACAACAGCACCCAAUAUUCAAAUCAAAGAUAUCCAACAAGCUCCCGAUGAGAAAUCAUUCAUGCAACGAGCUAAAUAUUAUGAAAACAAAAUUUAUAGUAGAUUGUAUCCUGCUCAAAAACAACAACGAACAACACAGGAUCAUAAGCCAAAUGUGGAUUUAUCAAAAUCAUAUUCUACACCACCGUCCACACCAGUACAACAAAAUCCACUCAUUACAACAACUCAUGAUGAUAAUGUGAGUGUUUCUUCAGUCGCUACAUCUGGAUUUUUAAUGCCAUCGCCAGGAUUUCUCUCUUCUAUACAAAGAAAGAAUUUGUUAGGUUCUUCCUCAGGUCAUCCCAUGUAUUCUCCAUUAGCCCAUAAUACUCUCAUGGUGGCUUCUGGUCACUAUUAUUAUCCAAGCCCAAUAAGUGCAACGAUGAGCGAUGUCUUUUCACAAACUACCAUUGAUAACACUAGUACCAGAUACACUCCUGGAACAACUAAUCUAAGCAGCCUUAGAAAAGCUCCACAAAAAACACAUAUAUGUUCAAUAGGAACUGUUUACAAAGUUGCAACCAAUGAAAACAAACAAAGAAGAGACCUGAUCGCUCAAACAAAGAGAAGGGCUAGCUGGUGGAAGGAGCGAUUGCAAAAUUUGGAAAAUAAGAAAGAUGUGAAUAAUUUCAUUCCUCCAGUACAAAUCCUAAAUAAUGGAUCAGAUAAGCUUUCUAUCUCUCCAAUUGAUUUGAAUGAUGAAAACUUUGUCAAGCAACAUUUAUUAGAUCCUGGAUUUUUGCUGACCGGUAAGAGAAAUGGAAAGGGUGGAGGUAUUAAAUUUACAGGACAUUUUUCAUACAGUGGAAAUGCAUCCAUCAAGAUUGUGUCAGAACUUAGAAUCAAUAUGCCAAUCCCUGGAUUUGUUACAAUUCCAAUUGAGAUUGAGAUUUCAAAAUUUGUGUUUGAUGGUGACUUGACAAUCAUGUACUAUCACAAUCCAUCCUCAAAUUUGAAACAAAAUUCUCCCCAAGACAAAGUAUUGAUUUAUUUUGAAAACCCAGUUCUACCAUCAUUUGAAAUGGAUGAAACAAAAUUUCCGCAAUUUUCUGAUCAAAAGCUAAUGGCUAACUAUAUUGUCAAAUCAUCUGGAGAGUAUUCACCGUUGAAAGAAUUCAAUAUUACUGUACGAGUGGGAUCAUCUCUCUCUCGAGAACAACUACCUCUUCCUGGUGAAGACAAAAUUCUUGAGGACAAGACAGAAAUUUCUAACUUUAUUAAGGAGCUCGUUCACAAAGUUGUAAAAGACUUGCUGUUGUAUCCCAAUGUAUUUUCGCAUUGGAUUGACAUUACCAAACAAACCCAAGCAACGGAUGGCAAGCAAUAG